GGUAGCGCUCUGGUUGGCCGCCCGAGAAGUCGUCUUCUCGCGAGACUUCACUUAAAAAUAACGCGGGACGGUGUGAAGUCAGGAUCCGUUGAAACCACGACAAGACAAACAUUAGACAGUCUACAGAGGGUAAAUAAUGAUCAAUUAGAUACGAACCUGUGUGAAAUGACACGGCCCUCGUCUCUGCUUUGUUUUUUGGAGUCGGAAAAAUCGCCUUUUAAAAAAAAAUAAAAAUCCGCAGGUAAACACGGUUUAACUGUUUGACCGUUUGUGAGCUAACAGCAGCUAACAGCUGAUUUUCUAAAUGGAUCCCACGGAGGACUUGUCUGCUCGGGUCCUGCUCAAACAUAUCCUCAGCACCGACCCACCCAGGACUCCAAUCACCCGCAGUGCCGUUGCACCCAGGCGCAGCAGUAGACUGGGUGACAAAGAUGCUGGUGCCAAAACUCCACAGGACUUACUGAGGCGCAGCCUGAAGCAAAAAUUACGGGAGAGUAUAACCAGGAAAUCCCUGCCUGCUCCUAAAAGGCGGACCACCUCAGCCGUGCUCAGAAAGUCAACCUCCAUGCUGUUUGAUGAUGGAGACACGCCGAGGCACAUACUCAUGAACAUCCUGCGGACAGAUCCCGUGAGGUCACCUGUGGUUCACGAGAAAGCUGCGUCAGAAGAGCCACAGCCAUCUUCAGCCAACUCCAGCAUUAGCAGCAAGCGUUCGAGUAUUGAGAUAUCAGGGUUGAGCUUGCCUGAUAUAACCAUUGGCAACGCAGCGAGUACUGUAAAGGGACUGAGCAGAAAGAGACCACGCAGGAGCCUCAAUGUGACCGCUUUUGAAAAGCGUCUUAAACAUGGAACUGAUAUUUCAGAGGAAAAUGAGGAAUCGGUAGACGACCAUUCGUCACUGUCUUUGUCGAGUUCCACUUCUCUGAGUUUGAAAAUACCUUUUGGGGAUGCACGGACUGAGAAAAGGGGCCUGCAGAGAAGAGUUUCUAACCGCCGCAAAAUCACAGAGGAAGAAUUUGGCGCUGCUGUAGAUAAAAGGCAGAUGGGAGAAGUGAAAAGCUUUGUGAUGGCGGAGCGGGGACUCAGUGACACCACCUACUCCGAGGGCUUCACUUUGGGCCUGAGUAAACUCAGUGAACCUAAUAUCACGGCUGAUAUUGUCCACUGUGACACGGCUCUUUAUGCCCAACCUGAGGCCAUGACCUCCAGCUUUUCCAUGGUUGCACCUCAGGACAAACCAACAGUGAUGGCGUCACAGCUUCAGAGACAGUUGGUGGAGGUGGAGCAGGAGGAGCCGAUGGAAGCGGAGCAGAGUAAGCUGGCAGAAGAGAAAUCAGCGUAUCUGUUUCCAACUGAAGAGGGGGCUGUGGCAGAGCCUCAGAAUGAGGAGUGUUUUUCUCAGUCAGAGGAAGAUGUGGAUGCAGCUGAGUUUAAAAAGGAGGAAAGAAAGAGUACAGCUGGUGGUCAACCUGAAGACGCUGCAGCCAUGUCGAAAUCUGAGGAAGACGAAGCUGAAUCUCAGACCAGAAUAACAGAUGAUACAGCACCGUCUGAAGAAAAGGAGAAAACAAUGGGAGCUCAAACAGAAGAGGAAAGUGAUACUGAUUCUCAAGCUGAAGAGGAUGCUGCAACCAGGUCUCAGUCUGAGGAAGAGGAAGCAGACUCUCAAACUGAAGAAGAAGCAGAAGGUGGAGUUGAGUCCCAGUUUGAAGAUGAUGCUGCAACCAGGUCUCAGUCUGAGGAAGAGGAAGGGACAGUAGACUCUCAACAUGAAGAAGAAGAAGGUGGAGUUGACUCCCAGUCUGAAGAUGUUGUUGCCAGGUCUCAGUCUGAGGAAGAGGAAGCAGACUCUCAAACUGAAGAAGCAGGAGGUGGAGUUGACUCCCAGUUUGAAGAUGAUGCUGCAACCAGGUCUCAGUCUGAGGAAGAGGAAGGAACAGCAGACUCUCAACAUGAAGAAGAAGAAGGUGGAGUUGACUCCCAGUCUGAAGAUGAUGUUGCUGCCAGGUCUCAGUCUGAGGAAGAGGAGGAGGAAGAAGAAGAAGAAGAAGGUGCAGUUGCAGUAUAUCAAAGUGAUCAAGAAGAUCCAGCAGAAGGUGGUUUGACUGAUUCCCAACCUGAAGAUGAGCAUGAUGAUGAGGAGGAGGUGGUGGAGGAGGAAGAUGAUGAGCAGGCAUCAGGAGAUCUGGAAGGUGGUCUGGAACACAUCAGUCGAAGGACUCGUCUCUCUGCGGGUGGAGUCAUGCCUGUUAUAAAAGCAGGGGGGGAUAUAGCAGACGCAGGAUGGUCUAAAGAUAAGUCCAAAGCACACGGUGCUACUGAUUCACACAGCAGCCUGGAAAUGGGAGGCCUCGAGAGCAGUCAGCCUCACACUGGCAUCCCUGACUUGACAGAGGGAGAGCCCGAUGCUGAUAAAGAGAACUCCUUUCAUCCAUCUACUGAAGACGGUGAACACCUGAAUGACAAUCGACCCAAAGAAGCUGCUGCUGAGGACCCCGCUGAACAGGAGGAAGAGUGGGAAGAGGAAGAAGAAGAGAGUGAAGAGGUUCCCAGCAAGACUCCAGCAUUUGUCCGAGAGAAAAGGAACAUGUUUUACUCUGAUCCUCUGGCAUCACCAUCUGUUCUUAAGAAUGCUCCAGCCAGUAAUUCAAAUGAAGAUUUGCCUGCAGCUAAACCUAAGCAGGUGAGAAAGAGGGCAGGGCCAGCUAAACGGGAAGCAGGCCUUCCUAAGAGCUACCUUAUGAACGUGUUCAAGCACUUUGCCAAGACGAAGGUGUCUGCAGAUGUGUAUCCUGUCCUAAAAGAAACAAUGGAUAAAUUCUUUGAGCGGCUGGCAGGAGACUUGGAGGCGUAUGCUCAUCAUGCAAAGAGGAAAACCAUAGAGGUCGAAGAUGCUGAACUUCUGUUGAAAAGGCAGGGUUAUGUGAAUGACAAGGUGCCGGUGGAAGUGCUUAUCGAAAAAUAUCUUCGCAUGGACCAGCGCAAGCUCCUGAUCCCCAUCGCAACAAGUGGGAACGUUGUUAUCCCUAAAAAGAGGAGGUGAACGUUUUUUAAAUUUACAGCCACAUUUUGUUUCAUCUUGUUUCAUCUCUUGGACUGCGAUAUAUAUUUUACUCACACUGCAUUUGAUCUGGUAAAACGAUGACUUCAUUCAAUGUUGUGAAUCAGAAUAUAAACUCUUCUGUAAAUGUGUAAAUGUACUAAACUUAAUUUGUAUGUCAUGUCUGUAUAACUCUUUGUGUCACUACACAGUGGGUGAGUGUUGAAAUAAAGUUCUGUUUCAUA